AUGUCCAACAAUCGUUCAUGCCCCCAAACUCCGGCACCACGAAAGGUGCCACGAUUUCCCAUGUCUGCAGCAAUACUUGAAACACCCUCCAUUAUGAGCUCGUUUCAACAGCCACCAAAACAGAAAAAUAGCGCUGCGAACGUUGUUGAACCACCUGCAAAGCAGUUCGUUUUGUCGUUUGCAUCAAACGAAUCGUUUCGUUCACUGAAUGAUAGCAUAACAUUUGCCGACAACAGAACAUUUCAUCAGCCUGCUUCCAGACAGAAUGUUAACACAUCACAACCUCUAAACGGUUCCUUUCUGGAUUGCAGCUUUACUUCAAACUACACUCCGUCAUCAUACUUGCUAAAGGGGAAAGUACCAUUGGCUAACUCUACCAUCAACAGUGUGAAUACAAGCAGACAUAUGAAUACCUCUUCCGCCAACACCGCAUUAGGAUUGAAAAGCUUUCAUCGCACUGGUGCAUCGGCCAGUCUGAACAAUUCGUUUCACUCCUGCGCUGGUAAUUUAUCAUACGAUAAACGAAAGCAUCCAGAUCAAGCAGAGUGUGGUCCAUCGAAGUACAGUAAACCUACAUCGACAUACAUCCCAAAAGGAUCCGAAACUACCAACCCAGAAGUUGCUGUUAGUGCACUGGAAGCAAAAACUUCUCUACACAUCGUUUCCGGUACGAUAGAACACCUUCAGAAGACAAUUCGUGGAAAAGGCAAAAUUCCGUUGCUACUAGAAACCGUUGCAAACGUGAUAAGCAUUAAGCCUGGCACAAGGAAGAAGGAGAAAGUUAUUCUUUUACGCCAUCGCAACCAAGGACCCGUUAUGCAGGGUAUUUUCUAUGAGAUUGACAUAGAUUUGCCUCCUCUAGCGCCGGGUGAUUUGGUGCGCUGUGUCGGACGGAUUCAGACUAUGGGAAGCCGGUUGCAGAUACUGAAAAUUGGUCGAACAACGGAACAGUACAAUCGGGCAAUCUUACGAUUGCAAACGGUCAGUGCAUUCUCCACGAAGGUGAGACGCUAG